AAUUCGACAACAUGAAGGCAGUGUUUGCAGCUCUGAGUGUGCUCCUCCUGGCGGCCCUCGCCCUGGCCAGCCCUGAGCCCAAGCCAGAGCCCGGCUACGGCGGCUACGGUGGUGGACGUGGCGGCGGAUAUGGCGGCUACGGUGGGUAUGGCGGUUAUGGUGGUGGACGCGGCGGCUAUGGUGGUGGAUAUGGCGGCUAUGGUGGUGGAUAUGGCGGCUAUGGUGGUGGAUAUGGCGGCUAUGGCGGUGGACGCGGCGGGUAUGGUGGUGGAUAUGGCGGCUAUGGCGGUGGACGUGGCGGUUAUGGAGGCGGCUACGGCGGCUAUGGUGGUGGACGUGGCGGUUAUGGUGGCGGUUACGGCGGGUAUGGCGGAUAUGGUGGUGGACAUGGCGGCUAUGGCUACGGACGCUAAGGAGGAGGCAAGGCGGCGCUCCACUUGCUGUGUGGAAUGCAUUCCAGGGAGCGGCGCGCCCCUCGUCUUCCUUCUCCAGGGGCGGCGCCGAAGGGGAAGGGGAGAGAGGUUCUCCAGAGGAAACUCGCACGGCCAUCACGGAGAAAUAGAGGAGGAAGGG